AUGCCUGAAAUAGGUGUUUAUCCUUCUAGCGAGGUUAAUGCCUUUGCUACUGGACCAGCAAACGGAACUUUAAUUGCCUUUUCUAGUAAUUUAGUUAAUAUCAUGAAUGGUAUAGAUUUAACUGAAGAUGAAAACACCCAAGGAGGAGAACCUAAUUCCAUUUCCUUAUUAAAGUUUAACCCAGAAAAAAAACAUCGGGGCCUACUAGAUUUAUUUCGUACCCAUCCUACUCUGGAAAAUAGAAUUGAAAGGUUGGAAAAAUUAAAAAGAAAGAAUAGUAGCGUUGGAGUAAUCUAA